AUGGCCUCUGUCACUGAAACGCCAAUUUCCUUCCCAAACGCCAACUGCUCCACCUCUGUAACGUCUCUGUUGUCCUGCAGCCAUCCGUCGUACGUCGCUGCUGGCGUGAUUGCUGUGCUCAGCUGCCUCCUGGGGAUCCCGACUAACGUCCUCAUGAUCGUAAAACUCAGCAGCCAUCUGCGAGGCUCCUCCAUGACGAAGCGCCUCAUCUUCAACCUGGCUCUGUCGGACCUCCUCUCGCUGUUCUGCUUGGUGAUCGCCGGGGCCAUUUUUGCCACCGGACCCCGUUUGACGCAUGGGUUGUGUCAACUUUUCUUUUUCGUCGUCUUAUUCUGCAUAACCUCCAGCUCCAACAUCCUGCUGCUGAUAAGCGUUCAACGUUACUACCAGAUUCUUCACCAUGCCAAGUGGGAAAAAGUGACCCGAGCAUGGCAGCGGGUUUUACUCUCCGGUGUGUGGGUACUCGGGGCCCUGCUGCCUCUCCCGCUUGUGCUUUCGCUGACGGAGAAGACAAGCGGAGACGCCGCGUCCGACGAGACGUCCUGUAGGACCAAAAUGAUGAAACCGCAAGCCGAGGCGGUCCACGUCGCCAUAGUGAUGUUGGCUCAACUUGUGGUGUUGGUGUUUUACGUAAAGCUUGUGAGAGGCGUCAGGAAGGUUCAGAUGUCUGACAAGAAAAAGCAAAAGAUCAAUAGACUGUUCACUCGGAUCCUCGCGGUCUCUCUUAUAGACUUUCUGCCUUUGUUUGCUCGCAUUGUGGCCAUUGCCGCCCAUUUUACGCGCUCACAAACGUUGUCCGACGUUAGCAGGAAUUUGACGUCCAUCGAGUAUUUGUACUUUUUAAACCACUGCCUGAACCCCCUGCUGUAUUUCUUUGCUUCUCGGCAUCAGCUAAGAGACAGAGAGAAGAAAAGAAAGCUCUUUCUCAUGGCUCUUAAUGACAGUUCUUAGCAAGAUCCUUGGAUGUCUGUGCUGUGCUAUUGAACCUUUUCACAUUUUUUAUUUAUAAUGAGGUAUUAACACGGUCACAAAAAUAUCCCAUGCGAACAACGACUUUGGUGUGGAUUUAUCGACCACUUCUCUUUCUGUAAAGACACGUUUUGCUUUUAAAAUGUUUGAAGGCUG